CGCACUGCACAGCAGUACAAACACUUGUAGCAACAAAAAAAUGGCGCGGCGAACUCGAGUGCUGCUCGUUCUCGCCUUCGCUGCCGUGUUGCUGCUCGCCAGCGGCGCCGUUGCAGCGGCCGGAGGACUCUCGUCUCGCCCUGAGGCGAUGCCGUCCCUGCACGCGCUGCGGCGCGUCGAGGACGACGCGAGCAGCUUCGUGUUGGAGGGCGAGGAGGCGGCGGCGUACCUGCGGAGGAGGGCGCUGUACAGCGGCGGGUCCAUCGACUACGGCGCUCUUACCGCGAGCAAGGCCGCCUGCUAUGGCCCGUGCCCCGCCCGCGGGCAGGCCUACAGCCGCGGCUGCCAGGCCAUAUACCAGUGCCGCGGUUAAGCAGCGCUGCAGUUAGUCGAUCUGUACGUUUCUUGUGUAAGUUCAGGCGCGUUUGAUCUACGUGUAAUUCGCCAUCAGAUUCAUUUCCAUUUGGAAAUAGAAUUAGAAUAUGAUUACUAGAAUCAAAUUCAUUUCUCAGGAUCGAAACGGGCCCUUAAUAUUAUUGUGAAAAGAGUUCACUGCUCAAUAAGAACACUUAUUCAGAGUUUGAUUUUAAAUUAA